UUCAAUUUUCGUUUUAUGAAACAUCCUGUUUGCUUUCAAGAUGGAUGAUGAAAAGGAUAGCAAGCUUCCAAAUUUAAAAAUAUGCAUAGAUAACACUGAAUCUGAUGAAGAAAUACAAGACAAUGUACCUGUACACGACGACGAAGAACUUGAUUACAAUGAAGAUAUUGACAGCAACGAGAGCUCCGGCGAGGAGAACGUGGAAAUAAACGUCUGCUUGGGAAACCCCAAAAAGUCUGGAGACCGUGGAUCACGGUUGGACUCGAAAGUGAAGGUUCAGGAGGACAGUAGAGUGAUAAAAUCAAAGUCUGAAAGCGAGGAGGGGGAAAUAAGUGACUCUAGUGAUGAAACUCCGGUUGAAUUCAACGUAAGACUGGGAAAGACACCGGGACAGUCCAAAACAUUUCUACCUGAUCCAAACAGAUAUAGAAUUCAAGAAGAUGAAUAUCUCAAUCAACAUUCCAAACCAGACAAAGCAAAAAGACUUGGGAUUGAGAUAUCGAAGAGAGAUCCAUCAAUAAAUUUGCAUGAUCUGUAUAAAAGCCUUGGUCUUGAAGAAGACAAAAUUGAUGAAGAUCGUCGGGGGAUUCGUCUGGAGGUUAUUCAUUUCCGUGGUCUAAAAGACAUGAACACCAAGGAUGUGUUUGAGUAUUACAGAGAAUUUAAUCCUGGAAAUGUGGAGUGGAUUGAUGAUCAAUCAUGUAAUGUAGUGUGGCAAGAUCCCCUUUAUACAGCUAGAGCCAUGCUCAAGUUAAGCAAGAGCUAUGAAGAAGCUAUGCUAAAAGACAGCAGAGCAGAGGAAACCACUGAAUCAGACACAGAGAAAGACAAAACAAAAGAACCAAGGAAAAAGAAACUUGUGAAGAAACAGAAGAAGAAGGACAGCAGUAGUAGUUCAUCAUCGUCAUCCUCGUCAUCAAGUUCCUCUGAUGAGGAGGAAUCUCCCAAAAAGAAACCGGUGAGCAGAAAGCCUACCUCCUCUAAAAAAGUGAAAGAAUCCCCUGCUAGUAAGGUGCCUGUUCAGAGAGAGAGUAAGAAAACCACGGAGCCAGAAAAGAUGGAUGAUGAUGAUGUGUUGGAUUUGAUGGAUGAUGGGGACAAAAUAGAAAAGGGAAGCAAAGAUAUGAAAGUCAGCGAAAAAUACAAAAAAUCAGAAUCGUCCAAAGUGAGCAGUAAAACGAAAACUCCACCAGCCAAAGUAACCAAAACUCCAUCAUCAAAGGAAAGGCAGUCCAGGAAGGAUAAAGCCAAACAAUCAAAGAAAGCCAGAGACUCCUCUAGUAGCAGUUCAUCUUCAUCCUCAUCUUCAUCAUCAUCCAGCAGGUCAGGAUCAUCCUCAUCAUCAUCCUCAUCCUCUAGUGGGUCUAGCAGUGGAAGCAGUAGUAGCUCUUCGUCAUCUGAUGAAGCGAAAAUGGAAAACAAGAAGCAAAAAGUGGAGAAAACAAAGAAUGAAAAAAAUGUGAAGGAGAAACUAAAAUCAACCAAUCGAAAACCACCAGACAUUCCAUGGCCUCCUGGGAAAUGGCGACUGGGGAAACCUUUCAAGAAAGCAAAGUAUCUGUUCCUGCGAUAUGCCAUGAAAACUGAUAAGAAAAUGCCUGGUGUUGAAAAGCAGAGCAAGAUGUACCAGAAACACAGCAAUACAAGUCUUGGAGGAGAGAGAGGUCUGAUCAGCAAGUCUAGGAAGGAAACAUUCCGCAACAAACAGCGUCAGGAACAAAGAGGGGAGGCGAAAACAACACUCGGUGUGAAAAGGUCAACCAUAAACUACAAUGAUGUGGAUAUAUUUGGGGAUGAUACAAUCAAUAUCAAAAUGGAAACGGAUGAGAUUGAAGAAUUUGGUGCCAAGCCGCAGAGUAAGAAGGAAAUAGAGCGAAGACUGAGGAGUAUUCUGGGUGAAAAUAAUCCAAAAAAUGAGGAACCAGAGAGUGAAGAGGAAAUCCCACCCACGAAGGAGGAGUCUGAUGAUGACCUUGACCUCACUGAAGACACCAAGGUCACUGAAGUUGAUGAGGAGGCUGCUCUGAUGGAACAGGAGUUGGACAUUUUGCUGGCAUCACCCCAGAAAAAGCGUACAAUGAGGAUGUAUGCUGAUGAUGUGGAGGAUGAGAUUGCCAGUAAAAGGUUAUGUAAAAGACAAGAGACAAAGUCCAGUGAUUCUCAAGAGUUCCCAAGGUAUCGCGACUACUCUCCUGAACCAAGACGAAGAAAAGAUGCAAGGGAUAGGAUAUCCGGUAAAUCAGUAACCGUGGCAUCAUCUGGACUCUCAUCUGGCAGCUCUGAUCUCCGGAACAAACUAAAGGCCAGCCGGCGAACACCAUACGACAAACCGUCAUCCCACGACAGGUACCAGCGAGUAAGGGUAGAAGUUCGCGACUGAUUCGAGUGAACAUUCCUUUGGUAACCCACAGAAGAUUUUACUGCAGUAUGGAUCUGUUACAUCGCUCAGCAUGUAUUUAUUUAUACAUGAACUUCAUUUGAGUUUAAAAUUAAUUUUCUUUUUUUUUUUAAAUCUUUGACAAAUUAUUUAUUUUGUGGAUGUAUUUGUAAUUUGGAAGUGAGAGUUUGACAGAAAGGCUUUAUAGAAAGCCAGUUCUUUUUGCACAUGUAUUUUAAAAUGUAGUUGUAAAUUUACAGCAUAUGGAGAUUUUGAAAUUUUAGGUCAUUAUUUUAUGAGAUAUUCAGCUGAGUGGAGUGUAUUAGUACAUCUUUAAUAGGUCAUGGGGAUUUAUUGGAUGCAUGUACUACAACUUCAAUGAAUUGUACAUAGAAUGUGUUUAAUUGAGUUAUUUAAUUAAAUCUUAGAUACUGCAGUAGGAAGUGUGACUUUGGUAAGGAACUCUAUUCAUUACACAGCCAUGUUUUUAUUAUGUGUGAAUGUCUUAUUCCAUCUUUUAAAAAGUUGUUCCGCUUUGACCAGUUUCAUCAGAUGUUUCAGUGUGAUAGUCUUUUGUUGUAUGUGAUGAAUAAUUUUGUAAAGAAUUGAAAGCAUCAAAUUAAAAUAUUAAAAGACAUAA